AUGCUUGGAACGCGUAACCAACUUCCUGUGAAAUCGCUAUGGUGGCUGCGCCUUGUGUGUGCUACGGUCGCUUCAGCAACCUCCUUUCGGACCAUAAAUACCCACCUGGGUUCCUCCCAAAACCAGUCCCACCCGCGCAUCAUAGCUCCUCGUUCACUCUUUUCCAACCCGCCAGUCUCAGCCAGGCCUCGUCAGCUAGUAACUAUGGCGCGUUUCAGCCUGCUUACGGCUCUCGCUCUCCUGCUUGCCGUCACCGUCACUCUCUCAUCGUUCGCUCCCACCGCUGCUUAUCGAGUUGUUCGGUAUCUUGCCGAUGGGAAGACGUGCAUUGAGGUCGAGAGUCUGAAGAACAUAGACGGGUACUGCUCGAAACAGACGCAAGAACCGGCGAGCCUUUGCCAGAAGAAGCUCAACCAGUGGAUUGCGGAUUGCAACAAUCCAAAAGACAAAGGUUUUGGGAGGACGGCUGGAAGAUAUCUUAUAAGGCGGGGAAUUUAG